AUGGAGAAGGAAGCCAAGCACGUGCUGACGGACGCGCGCAAGGACGCGUCGGGCGAGCGCGCGCUGCUGCGUGUCCUCGACAUGGUGACCAAGACCGAGUCGCUGGCGCUCUGCCAGCACCUCCUCCUCGGCGUGGAUGAGAUGGCCGAGUCGCCGACGACCUUUUCCCGGCUGCUCUUGCUGCAGAACGUGAGCCGCAUCGGCGCGAUUCCCGACUUGUCGGAAGAGAAGGCCGAGUACAUUGGCUACACGCUGGGCGGUCUCGCGCUCGCGGUGACCGACCGGUCGGCAGUCCACAAGGCGCUCGCCCGCACGACGCAAGGCCAUCCCAUGGUGCUUCUCGGCCUCGCUGCCUUCAUGGAAGACGCGUUCAGCAGCGUGGACCCAACUCCCUUUGUCGCGUGCUUCCAGAACCUCGUCGAGCGGGCGCUCGCCGGCCCGACAUCGCUCGUCGUCAAGCAGGCCAUCGCGGCCACGUGGGUGCGACUGAGCUGGCGUGCUCUCGAGACCGGAGCGAUGGACGCUGCGUCGAGGAUCGUGCAGACGGGUGUCCGUGCCGUGCGCCUCCUGCCGCUCGACUCGUCCGAGAACUGCGCAGUCGCACUCGGUCUUCUCCGCGGGCUCGCAGACGUCGCGCCGUCGCUGACCGACCCGGCGCCGACGCUGAGCCUGGUUGCGCUGCUCGUGCGUCUACUGCCGCACGUCACGUCGGCGUCGACGCGUGCUGGCCUCGGCAUGCUCUUGCUUCUCGAGUCGCUUGUCUCUGCCUCGGACGUCAGCGUCGUCGCUGCCAUCGACGGCGAAGUCUUUGUGUUGCUGGCCUUUUUCCUCGCGACGCUCGAGCACCCAACAGAGCAAACGGCGGUGUUGCGUCUUCUCCGCGUCUGGCUGACCGCUUUAGCGUCCACGCCCUCGCGGUCCGUGGUCGUCGAGAGCCUCUUCGCCCCCGUGCUCGCGCUCAUGACGUCGGCGCGUCAGCCCGAAGCCUCGACCGUCUUGGCGCUUCUCCAGACCGUCCAGUCGCUGCCGUGGACACCGCGUGCGUCCUCGUCCCACGAGGCACGCCUGCACCCGCAGUACGCCGUGGCGUCGCUGCUCCAGGAGCUUGCCACGUCACCGACGCUCGGCGCCUGGCUGGCGCAGACAGCCCAUGCGCUUUAUGCGUCGUCGGAUCGAGACUAUGAUCCGACGGUCGUCUUGGCGGCCGCGACCUUCUUGUUUGAGUCGCGCUCGGCGAUGGUUCUUCCCGCGCUUACGCUCGCUCGCGCCUGCGUGGCCGCAUGGCCGAUGGCUGGCCGGCUCCUCGUGCCCAGCCUUGUCUACGUGCUCUCGCGCGCGACCAAUGGCAGCGACACGCAAGCGAUUCUUACGACGCUUGUGAGCACGGCCCGUGAUGCCGAGUGCAUGAAGACGCUGCUGCGGACGGUCAAGGCGCUCAGCGCGACGCAUCCAUCGACAGCCCUCCGCGUUCUGUACCAGAUUUGGACGCUCGAGUCCCGCGUUUACUCGCGGCUGGAGCAGCUCUUGAGUGAGAGCCACGACGACACGGACGCCGAGUGGCCGCUCGUGCAGCUCUACACGAUCUACGAGCUCUGCGGCGUCCGUGGCGACCUCGGCCUCAACUUUAUCGCGACCGUGCAAGCGCGCUUGGAGUCCCAUUUGCCGUCGCUGGCGGCCGUUGCGCUUGCUUGCGUCCGGUCGCUGUGCGUCGCCGACUGCCUCGACUUUAGCACGGCCUGCAAGAUCCUUGCGUCCAAGCUCAAGAAGAAAAGGUACAUGUUCAUUGUCUGCAAGGACCAUGUGCUCUUCCACGUCGAGCUCUGCCACUUGUAUGCGGUCGGCGGUUCGAUCCUCACCGACACCCCGAGUUUUCUGACGACGCUCUGGGACGCGACGGCCCAUGAAGACGCCCAAGUGCGCCUCGCCGCGUACACAUCCUUGCAUGCGUACCCGCUGCACCUCGUCGGGCUCAAGGCGCGCAGCGACACAAUCGGAGAUGACGAAGCCGACGAGCAAGCGGUCGAAGCACAGCUGCAAACCGUGCUGACGGCCAUGGAGACCGAGACGGACGACGAGACGCGGGCCAUGAUCACGACGCUCUUGCAGCGCGUGGGCAAGGACGAAGCGACGCAGCCGCGCAAGCGGUUCGUGGCCGAGCGCACGUCCGGCGCUGCGACGCGCGCCAUGGCCAACGUGCUGCCCAAGCCGUCGGCGCUGGUCGAGUUGUACAAGGCGACGAUUCCGCUCGGCUUGCGUCAGGCGCUCGGCGGCGCCGUCCUCACCUCGUUUGGCUACGUCCCCCUCCCUCUCGACGAUGCGAUUCGGAAACGAAAAGAGAAACAUCUCAAGCACCUCGACAAUCUAUUGUCGCACGCGACGAACCUCCUCUCGCAGCUCGAAGACGAAGCCAAAGCGACGUCGGAAGUCCCGCUGCUGCUGGCGCACCUGCAUGGCUGGGACAAGUUCUUGCACCAUUACGUCGCGCUGCUUCGCGACGUCGAGGCGCUGCGCGGUGGCUUGGACGACGGCGAGAUCGAGUCGCUCCGCCGUGCCGCGCUGCAUCUCUUGUCGCGCUGGGAGCCACUGGUAUGCACCACGCCCAACGUCGCGAUCGCCCUCGGUGUCCUUGCGCGUCUCUUGCCGUCCGAGCUCCACGUCCUCGGCGGCCGCAUCGUCGAAGUGCUUUUGCGAGCGCUCUCGAAAGCCAUGCAGGCGCACGCCGCCGCGUCAAUUGUUGCCGACAUCGAGAGCCCGAGUGCCGCAAUCCUCGGUCUCGGCGUUGCGCUCCAAGGCGCGCUCAGCAUGCACGAGACACGUGUCGACGAAGUGGUCGAGAAGCUCCGGGGCAUUGCCAUGUCCGAAGCCGCCUUGGCGCCAACGUGUCUCAUUGCGUUGGGUCACAUUCUGCCCGCCAUCAUGCAGCACGGUGCAUCGGCGUCGAUCACAGCGCUCUGGCAUUGGCUUUUGGAGCAGUUGUUGGCGACGACUCUCGAGCGCCAAAGCGACAUGGACAACGUGCGUGCGGCGGUUCUGACGCACCCGGCGUCGUUGACACUCGCGUCGGUGCGGCGUGACGCAACGGCGGCGCAUGCCAUCUUUGCGCUGAGCAUGGCCAGCGAAGGCUGCAUGGCCGUCGAAGAGCCAACGUGGCUUCUUGGGCUCUACCAUGUCCUGCUCCAACUGGCUGAACACGGCGUCGCCGAUGCGUGGAGUGCAUUGCCCCCGGUUCUUUUGCAUUGCGUGACGUUCGAGCUCCUCGGCUGGACUGACGUGGAUGAUUUUGUGGCCAAAUGCCAAGCGGCCGUCGACCAGGCGGUGCCGCAAGCCCUCGUCGCGCUGCCUUAUUUGCUCUGCCGCACGACUGCGCUGGGCCACAGCAUCGCGCAGGACGUGCCAAGUGGGCUCCACGCCAAGCUCGAAGCGAUCGCAUCGGACGCGGGCCGCGAGUUUGAUGCGUCGGCGCGGUCGUAUGCGACGCUGGCCCUCGCCAACCUCUUGGGCACGGGCCUCGCGAUCGAUGGCAAGCCGACGGUCUGGAAAGGUCUUUUGGUCGACAAGACGCAAGCCGAAGCGAUCGUGUCGACACUGCAGCAGCUCUGCGCGCUCUGCCCCGUGCAGCGUGUGCGCGUGCACGCAGCGUGGGCCCUUGGUGCCUUGUCGGCGCUCUCGACCGCGUCCGAGUCGUUCCAAAUCAAGUCGCGCGGUCUGGACGCGGGCUUGCAGCUGCCGACGACGACAGCCACGUACAAGCUCCUCGACAAGCUUCGCCAGUGCAAGCACCCGAAUACCUCGGAUGCCCACUGGGUCGCAUCGAGCCUUCGCGUGCUCUCAGUGUGCCACGUGCCGACGUUCCAAUAUGCGACGCUGCUCUUGCGCUUCUGGAACGCCCGCCUCGGAUCGGAUGUCUCGGUCGCGGGCCUCGCCUUUGCGAUUGGGCACUGCGGCCAAGAUCCGUCGCUUUUGAGUUUUCUUUUGGACCUCGCCGAGCUCCCGCGCUUUCGCCCGCUCCCGAUGGCCGUGCAGCUGCGCUACAUGGCCGACAUUCCGAUUCUCGCCAAGCUCAUUGCGCCGCCGCAGCUCGACACGAUGUUGUCGCACGUUGUUGCUGCCAUGAAGUCGCCCGAGUACGGCACCGCGCUCGUCUCGGCCCUCGCGGCGUGCAGCUCGGCGUCCACGCCGGCGCGUGCGAUCGCCGCCACCGUGGUCUCGGACACACUCUUCAAGGGCCUCGUGGCGCUGCGCCCGCCGAUCGAAUUGUGGCGCGAGCUGGCCAAAGCCAUGGUGGCCCUCGAUGCCAAGAAGGGCAAAACGGCGCUCAUCGCUGCCUCGGAAGCCAAGACCGGUCCGCUGGCGCUGGCGGGCUGCGUCGCCUUGACGUACCUGUUCGAGGCCGGUGGCUGCAGCUCGAAGGACCUCCAAGCCAUCGUGCUCUGGCUGGCCGCGGGACACCACGCGCGCAUGGACGUCGAGCUUGUUGUCAGCCGCACGGCGACAAGCGCGGCGAGCAUCGUGGCCGCGAUGGACAAGUGGUGGUGGCUGCAUAAUGUGCUGCACUGGAUCGGCGUCGGCACCGGCGUCGCGGCCGUAGAAAGCGACGGUUUGUGCCAGCUCCUCAGUGCGCUCUGCCUUGUCUGGGGGCAGCACAGCGAGGACGUGCUCUUUCUCCACAGCCAGUCGCUUGUGAGUGCGCGCGUGCUGCCGACGGCCUUUGUCGACGUCUUUGCGCGCGUCUCGUCCGAGCUGUCGGUCGCACCGACCGUCGACCUGAUGGCGUACGUCCAGCAGCUCUGCGCGGCCGAUCAUGGCAGCGUCUGGGGCCACAUGCUGCGCUACGGCUACACGCUCCAUGGCGGCGUGCGCCUCGAAGCGAGUGCGAUGCUGGACACGUUUUGCGACGCCUAG